AUGGCGAAACCGAUAAAUAUAAACAAAGCUAACUUUACGCAGUUAAAAGCGAUUAAAAGGAUAGGUGAAACUAGAGCUUUAGCAAUAAUUGCAAAGAGAGAAGAAGAGGGAUUACUUAAUUUAGAUAAACUUAAAGAGAUUUCAGAAGCACCCCAAUCAUUGUGGACUGCACUGUUGAAUGAGAAAAUAAUUUGUUUUGAAGACCCAGAGGAGUCUGAUGAAGGUCAAGAGGUCCUAAAAAACACUAUUGAGUCAUUACGUCAUAAGAUUUUGUCGGUAGAAAAGUCGAGAGAUGAUAUGGCAGAGACUUUUCAAACAAAAAUUGAGAAAAUUUCUGAACAGAGUAAAGCACAGAUAGAAGAACAGAGGCUUAUUUUUGAACAACAAAGAGACAUUUAUACAAAACAGAAAGAGGAACAAAUUGAACAAAUGAAAGAAAUGAUUAAAUCACAGAAUGAUGAGAUUAAAGAUAUACAUGAAUAUUCAAAGAAAAUUCAAACUCAACUACAGCAGAAAGAAACUGUGCUUAAGGUAGAAAAAGUAAUAGCCGAAAAAGAGGAAAAAAGUAGUCCUGGUCAAUUAUUGAAAGGAAAAUAUAAUGCUUAUGAUCAUAAACAUUCAGAUUAUGGUGGUCCCACAGCACCAAAGAUGUCAACAUAUGAUGGUAGAAAUGACUGGCGUCCUUAUUAUCUACAAUUUAGCACUAUAGCUGAUAGAUGCAAAUGGCAGAGUGAGCAAAGGUUGUAUAAAUUGAUUGAAUGUUUGCGAGAUAAAGCUUUGAAAUUUUACAGCUCAAGACCAAAGUUAGUACAAACUAAUUAUGAAAGCUUAUGCAAGAAAAUGGAAGAGCGUUUUGGUAGAAAGGAACCGCCACACAUUGUAAGAAGACUUUUACAAGAUCUUAAACAAGAGCAAGAGGAAUCGUUAGAAGAAUUUGCAGAAAGAGCACAGGAGCUGGCUACCGAUGGCUACCCGGAUACACCAGAUAAUUUCGUACAAACUUUGGCAACAGAUGCUUUUCUUAAAGGUUGUGUAGACAAGCGUGCAGCUUUGACUGCUAUGGACAAAAAUCCAGAUGCUCUGGAUCAAGCGGUACAAUAUGUACGAAGUGCAGUGGCGAAUCAAAAAGUCAUAAUGGGUACACGAAGAGCAGAAAUUAAAAGGGUUUCUUUUAUGGAGCAAAAUGAUGAGAAUGAGGAUACACAGGAAACAUCAGUCCGUGCAAUUAUGAAGUCUGACGAAGGAACAAAUAAGAUGAAUGUGUUCGAGAAAAGAUUACAAAAGACAGAAGAUGAUUUAUUAGAAACUAAGAUCAUGGUAAAAAAAGUAUUGAGCAUAGUAAGUCAGAAUAUGAGGUCAAGGUCACCACAAAGAACAGAUCGAGCUUUUUCGCCACAAAGAAGGUACAAUAGUCCUGCAAGAGGUAAUUGCUACAAUUGCGGGGAAGAAGGUCAUUUUAGUAGGGAUUGCAAGAAGCCCAGAAAUAGUUCUCCCUAUCGUAAUAGAUCUCCAUCACCAAAAGCUUUAAACGACUCAGGGCCAAGGAUGUAG